UUAAUUGAAGAUGGCUGUACCGAAAAAGAAGUUACUGGACACCAGCUGGAACACCGCGACUUUCUUGCUUACUAAACAACCGGAAGAUUACGUGGACGGUCAUCGGGUGAAAAUCGUUAUUGUUGGCAGUGGUUACACGGGAGUCGCAGUGGGAAUCGCGAUACUCUUCAAGCGGUUGGCCUCUGAGCUGGUGUUCAUAGACGCGAACGAGGAUCUGGCCAAGGCGGAGGCGGAAGAUAUUAGUCAUGCGGCAACGUUUCUAGGCAAUCCGAAGAUCAUUGGCACCAAAGAUUACUCGUUGGCCAGAGACGCUACGGUCUGCGUGAUUACCGUGGGUGACAAGUCGACGAACGAGCAGGAUGACAAUACUUUGCUGGAACAGAAUUUGAAUAUCUUCAAGGAGGUUAUACCUAAUGUCUGCAAAUAUGCACCGAACAGCGUACUCUUAGUCGUGACAUCGCCAGUGAAUAUACUGUCGUUCGCAGCCAUGAAACUGUCCGGUUUCCCACCGCAUCGCGUGGUAGGUCUCGGAACAUUCUUAGACAGCUGCAGGUUUCAAUACUUCAUUGCACAGAAGCUUGGAAUUUCGGCGAAAGCGGUGCAGGCGUCUAUAAUCUGUGAAAACGGACCCACAUCGGUACCUAUCUGGUCCGCCGUAACCGUAAUGGGCAUCAAACUGAAAGACAUCAAUAAGAAUAUCGGUACCAAGACGGAUCCUGAAGCGUGGAGUGAGUUGCACUCGAAAGUAAUCGACAGCGACAGCGAUCUUAUCGCGAGAAAGGGUUAUCGAUGCUGGGGAAUUGGCGUCUGUGCUGCCGAAGUUGUGGACGCCAUCGUACGGAACACCUGCAUUUGCAUCACCGUAUCUACCUACCUAAAGGGUUGUCGACACGGUCUAGACAAAGACGUCUACAUGUCCUUGCCCUGCAUAGUUGGCAGAGACGGAGUACAGACCUUCCUGCGUUAUCCAUACACUCCAGAAGAACAGGAACAGACAGAAGCAUCGUGUCGAACGAUCUACGAGACUCAAAAGACGAUCCUCCAAACGCUGGAAUAAGUAUGACGAUCUUGAUAAGGGCUUCUCGCAAAUUUUGUCAACUUUGUGAUGUCCGCUGAAAGAUCCGAGGGUCGCGAGGCUAGCUUGUACUUCAUCGCGCGAAAGCGAGAAUAAACACGCCGAGAUGGCAAAUAAAAAGUGACUCGAGGAUGAUAUCGCGAAUCGU